GCCAGACUCCCAGGCCAAGCAGCGUUGCCAUACGGAACAUCCUGCCCUCAACGGAGAGGGGGAGGAGAGAGAGAGAGAGAAAGAGAGAAAGAGAGAGAGAGAGAAAGAUAGAGAGAGCUGAGUGUGAGAACAGGGACAGGGAGAGAGAGGCUGUGUGUGUGUGUUAAGAGAGAGAGACGAGCUCUGGCGUCUCCUGGUAGUAAAUCUAUCAGGUCUCGAGCACAAAAACUCGCAGGAACAGAAAGAGAACAGGGAGAAGACGCCUCGCGGAUAUCUGCAUGCUCUCCUGGUUACCUGCAGCAGCUGCACGUGAAGCCUUGGAAUAAAUCCCCCGACUAGAAGGAAGGAUGGUCGCGCGGACGGGCUGCGCGCUCUGAAGUUGGACAGACUACCGAGACAUCGACAGCAGCUUUUCCUCCCCCCCACCUCCCCGAACCCCGUGAAGGCAGCAGCGGCACCGCGAGGCUGUGCCCGCGCACCCCAUCAUGAAGCUGCCCUGGCUACUGCCGCUUGCGGCUCUGCUCGCUCACACCGCCACGGCACAGACUUGGUCGCCCCCUCCCGAUGACGACGGCUCGGCGAGAGACGACAUCUACGACGAUGACGAUCUCUACUCAGGCUCCGGCUCUGGCUUUCCUGACAUCAGGCUGAGGCCGACGUCGGCGGGCGUGACCUUCACCACCGAGGAGACCCUCCUCCUCUCCACCACCCAGGCAACAGGCCCCGCCCCCUCCGCCUCACCUGCCGCCGAGCCCAGCCCCAACCCGGAGGGCCCCAUCGCCACCCCACUGCCCACUGAGGCCGAGGGAGAGAGUGGUGCAUUCUGGGACAGAGAGAAAGAGCUGGAGAAGGAGAGAGAGUUGGAGAUGGAGAGAGAGAAGGAGCAAGAGAUGGAGAGAGAGAGGGAACGAGAGAGGGAGCGGGUCCGAGAGCUGGAGAAGGAGAGGGAGCGCGAGCGAGAGAUGGAGCGUGAGAGAGAGCGAGAGAAAGAGAGAGAGAGGCAGAUAGAGCGUGAGCUUGAAAGAGAGAGAGAGCUGGAGCGAAUCAGAGCCGCCGCCGCUGCCCAGACCACCGCCGUCCCCGUGGUUACCACCGAGCUGACAACCAUCCCUGCUGAGAGCGCGGCGCCCUCUGCAGGCUCGGAUGACCUGAGCACCACAGAAGAAGAGGAGGACGUCUACCUUUCACCUGAACCCACAGCGUUUUUCCCCGGCUUCGACAUGGAGGCCACCGCAGAGGAAGACGCGUCCACCACUGCAGAGACGACCACAGAGCAGACCACCGCCGCACCCCCCCCCACCACCACCGCUGCACCCACCACCAUCAGGACCAGGGUGUCCUUCAGGCCCAGGGUUCCCAUGACGACAGCAACACAGGCGGCGCCGUCAGAGAGUACGACCCGCCCACAGCAGCCCACAUCUACACAGGAGACUAACAACGAGGCGGGUGCUGCAGGAACCAGUGGAGACUUUGAGAUCCCUGAUGAUCGUCGUAAUGAUCUGGGUCGAGGUUUGUUUCCAGUGGAUGCUGAUCUGAGCGGGAACACGGUGGACGGAGGAAGCUCUGCCGCCCAGCUGCCUCAGAAGAACAUCCUGGAGAGAAAAGAGGUCUUGAUAGCGGUGAUCGUGGGAGGAGUAGUGGGCGCCUUGUUUGCCGCUUUCCUGGUGAUGCUGCUGGUGUACAGGAUGAAGAAGAAGGACGAGGGCAGCUACACGCUGGAGGAGCCCAAACAAGCCACCGUCACCUACCAGAAACCAGACAAGCAGGAGGAGUUUUACGCAUAACACUCGUACGGCAGAGAGACAAACCGCACACGGAGGGAGAGAGAAAGAGCGAGAGAGAGAGAAGAGGGAAAGAUACUCUAAGCCCCCGUCCUCCUCCUCUUCUUCGUCGCCUCCCCCUCAUCCCUCUCUCCUCUCGUCUCCGAAACACUUGAGAGCGCCUCUCUCUCUCUCUGCGGACUCGGAACUUUCUUUUCAAUGAAAAUGAAAAAGAGGAAAAAAAAACAAAAAAAAAUCCAAAUAUAUUCUGAAAAAAUAACACACAUACACACAAGAUGUUUUUUAAAGUAAAUGUUGUUAUUAAUAUUCUACAGAUUCUCUUGUUCUGUGUAAUGAUAUGAUUAUUUUGUAAGAAAAACAAACAAAACACAAGCUCUUAUCCUGUGUUUUCCAGCACAAAAUAAAUCUUCCUCCUCAGUUUUUAUGGAGCAAAUGAAAAAGCUUGAAAGAAAGAGGAGAGGGGCGAGGCGAGUUGAGCGAGACACAAAAGAAAAAGACGAGUGAUGGCCUCGACUCUGCCCCUCGCCCCCGAAGAACACACAGAGCGUCUGGUUGGCCGCACAGAGCCCAGGGUCAAAGGUGAGAGGAAAGGUCUCUUUUGUGCCUUCCAUCCCUCUCUGGUGCUCAAAGACGCAAACACAUCCA